AUGACCGACCAUCACGAAGAAGACGACUUUGCUCCUACCCAAACUGCUGGCUAUAAGCCCGGUGAAAAGAAGACUAUGGAAGAAUACCAAAACCUUGACGCCCAAGACGAGUCUUUGAACAAGUGGAAGGAGUCCUUGGGUUUGAAGGCUGGUGCUUCUGCUGGUCCUACCGACGAUCCCCGUAACGUUGUUGUUGAGUACAUUGCUCUCGAAGUGGAGGGUCGUGAAGAUGUGAAGGUCGACUUGUCCACUGCAGAUGCCAUUGAGAAGGCCAAGAGUGCUCCAUUUACCAUCAAAGAAGGUGUUGAAUACCGUAUGAAGGUCAAAUUCCGUGUCCAACAUGAAGUUGUCUCAGGUCUCAAGUACUUGCAAGUUGUCAAGCGCAAGGGUGUCCGAGUGGACAAGACUGAGGAGAUGAUUGGUAGCUAUGGCCCUGCACCCGACGCCUAUGAGAAGAAGUUCCAGUUGGAGGAAGCUCCUUCGGGUCUUCUUGCACGUGGUCACUAUGACGCAAAGAGCAAAUUUGUUGACGAUGACGGUGUUACCCACGUUGAAUGGAACUGGUCUUUUGAUAUCAAGAAGGAUUGGUAG